CCGGAUACAAAAAUAUUGAUUAUGAUCAAAAAGAAAAUUUGAAUAAUAAUUCAAAUCAAGAAUUAUUAAAGAAAAAAUCCAAUCUUAUUUGUUAUAAUUCAAUGAGAGAAUGUAUUAAAUUUUCUAAAUCAUUAUUGAAUUUAAAUGAUGUGAAUAAUAAUACAUUUGUUAUGAAUAAUGAUAUUCUAUCAAUCGACAAUAUGAUUAAAUAUGAAUCCGAUAUUGAACAGGUAAAACAAUUAACAAUGACAAAAAAAUUACAUGAAUUUCAUGGAAUAUUUUUUGAUACAACAAUUGAAAAUGGUGUUAUCAUACGACAAGUGGCCAAUAAUAGUGAAGCACGUAAAGCUGGUUUACGACAAGGUGAUCGAAUAUUAGAACUAUGUGGUAUUAAUAUGCGUAUGGCUAAUUAUCGAUUAGCCGAAAAAAUAAUCAAUGAAUGUAAAGAUAAUGAGAUUAUAAUCAAAAUUAAUUGUUCGGUAAAUCGAUAUGAAUCGGAUAUUAGUUUAGCAAUGGCCAAAAGUUCAAUCAACAAUUAUAAUCGAAAAUUAAUCAAAAAACAAAGUACUUUAGUACGACGAAAUGCAUUCAAACGUAAAAAUCGAAUAUUACAUCGAUAUUUUGAACGAAAACAAAAUGAACAUUCGGCAUUAUAUCAGAAUUAUUUGCUAAAUGUUUCAUUACCUAGACGUAUACAUUUACGCCCAUUAUUUGCAAAUAAAUUAAAACUAUGUGGUGGAAAUGCUGUCGGUAUAUUUGUUCAUACGAUUGCUGAAGAAUUGCAAAGAUUUCUUCAGAUUGGUGAUCAAUUACUUGAAUAUAAUAAAUAUGAUUUAACACAAGCUACAGCUGAAGAUGCUGCCUUACAUCUAGCCGAACCUAUUGCUCAGAAUACGGCAGAAUUGAUCGUUUUGUUCAAUAUCGAUGUAUUUCACCAAAUUCAAGAAAAUCCUAUUGGUGAUUCAUUUUAUAUUCGUGCUGAAUUUGAACGAUCAUCCGCAUGUAAUAGUUCAUUAAAAUUCAAUAAAGGCGACAUCUUGUAUGUGGAUAAUACAUUAUAUGAUGGAAAACCAUGUCAAUAUUGGCGUGCAUGGAAACUAGAUCCAUUUGGUCAACCAAUCGAAAGUGGUUAUAUACCGAGCAAAUAUAAUGCUGAAUGUGAAGUGUUUCGACAAUUUUUUCGUAAUAUGAAUAAUCAUGAUACUAAUAUGUUGCAUUCUAUUCGACAUAUAUUUCAUCGAUUAAUUUCAAACAAAUCUAAUGUUGAUGAUAAUGAUACACGUUUGUUGGCUUCAUUUUCAUCAAUGUCAAAUGAUCGAAAUGGUUAUUAUGAUAAUCAAAAUUCAUUAGAAUCAAUGGAAAAUAUUGAUCUACAGGCAUAUCGAAGAGUUCGAAUGAUUGAACAGACUAAACCAAGACCGGUAAUUAUAUUCGGUCCAUAUAGUCAUACAAUUGUUAAACGUUUAGAAAGUCAAUUUUCAUCAUUAUUUCGAUUAUGUCAGAAAAAAACAGAAACAAUGAUAAUGAUGUCAUCGAUUUGGAAUGAAAAAAAAGAUGAUCAUUAUAUUUCUUGUUCAAGCCGAGAAGAUGGUGAAAGUAAUUUCAUUUCAUUGACUGAAUUAACUGAAAUUAGUAAUCAAGGUUUACAUCCAGUCAUAACAAUCACUGGUAAUAGUUUGGAUGAAUUUCAUCAACAACAAAUCUAUCCGAUUAUUAUUGAGCUUCGUUUUCGUUCGGCCAAACAAAUGAAAAUAGCUGUAAAUAAAUAUUGGAAUCAUACAAGUAAAAUAUCAUUACGUACAGCUAAAAAUAUUCAUAAACAUCAUCAAAAAUUAUCUAAACAAUUUGAACAUAUUGAACACGUUAUUUUAAAUGCAAAUAUUAAUCUAAUGAAUAUUAUUAAUAUGAUUGAAUUUCAUGUACUUAUUGAACAAGACAAACUUAUUUGGAAAGAGGCAUGAUGAAAUCAAUC